AUGCAAGAGGUGUGUAAAGUCGUGUUCCUCGUGGCUUUGACCUUGAACUGCGUUGAAACCGAAAGUUACACGGGCCGAGAAACUGGGUCACAGUCGCACCGCACAGUCUCGCCUCCCGGAUCUGAGUGCACUUACGGGCUCAGAUCAGAGAGAUUUGCGCGCGGGAGGCUUGAGGGACUUUUGAACAGAGCUUGUGGCUGUAUUGCCCUAUCUGCUGGCAGACCAAGCCUCCAACGGGGCGAAACGCACGCGUUGCAUUGUGAAACGCAACUGAUAGCGCGGGCUGUAGUCACGCACGCUGUGGUG